UCGUUAUUUGCUGAAGAAAACGCCUUUUGUUGCUUUGUUCCCGUUCACGCACAUCCAUCCCUCAACUCGACUCGACAUUGGCACCCCGCCAAUACGCACGAUAGACGCUUUCACGCGCCGCCUGCAUAGCAGCAAAGUCGCGUUCUUUCCGACUUACUGAGCACUUGCAAUAUGGCGGACGAGGAUGGCGCAUCUCCCCGUGAAUUGAUCCUCGAGUCUUGCAGACGCAACAACACUUCGCUCCUCGAGGAGACGAUUGCAGACCUCACCUCCGCCGCGUCGAAGUCAGGCAACAAGAAGCCUGCCAAACAUGUGGCUGAGGUACUGAACAACGCGCGGGACGGCGUGGGAAACGGCUGUCUGCACGUUGCGGCGACAUAUGGAAGUUACGAAAUCCUCGACAUCCUCCUCGACCAAGAAGGCCUCGAGAUUGACGAAAUCGACCGCAUGGAGCAAGACACACCGCUCCACAAAGCCGUGCGCUACGUCAAUUCGCUCAAUAAGUCUGAAUGGGCGUCGGCCGGCCACCCCAUUGUUGAGAUCCUGCUGGAUGCCGGCUGUGACCCGAGAAUACGGAACAAGGCGAAGCUGAAGCCUGUCGAGCUGGCGGAUCCGCGGAACACAGAGCUGAAGAGCAUGCUGCAGAAGGGCGAGUAUGCCAUGCAGGCAGGAGGAGAUGUUGUCGAGGACGAUGACGAUGGGCCGACGGGGAGUGGGAGUGAAAGCGAUUAGCAUGUCACGGGAGAGGAAGGAGGAGGUCGUGGUGUGUUUUGGAGUUGUGGUAAAUUCGUGUAGACUCCAUGCCAUGAAGAACGCUUUCGGCGUUUGGAUGGCAGGUAUGUAU